AUGACGAAGGGUACCUCCAGCUUUGGUAAGCGUCACAACAAGACGCACACGCUCUGCCGACGAUGCGGAAAGCGUUCUUUCCACAUCCAGAAGAGCACCUGCGCCAACUGCGGCUACCCUGCUGCUAAGGUCCGAAAGUACAACUGGAGCGAAAAGGCCAAGCGCCGCAAGACCACCGGCACCGGCCGCAUGCGUCACCUCAAGACCGUCGACCGCAAAUUCCAAAAUGGUUUCCAGACCGGCACUCCCAAGGGUGCCCGUGGCCCUUCCACUGCUUAA